GUGAUGUUAGUUUACCUCCUUACAAUGUAUAAUCGGAUUAUGAUGCCUUUUCGAACGAGAUCUUUCAUGAAACGUUUGAAAUUAUUCAAAUUUUUCCAAAGAAUCGCAUUCGGUAGAACAGGAAAAUUACUUUCUAAACUGUGAUUCCAAAUAGUGAUUAAUAAUGGAUUAUGACCUCGAGAUGUUACGAAAAGUUUUAGACCCAUCCAUAAAAAUAAACAAACUUUCUUUGUCUUACGUGACUCGACUUUUUCCCGAAUACAAGGAUUCGCCAUGUAUUAUUUUGUAUAAACAAGAAUGUACGGAAUCUUUGAAUAAUGCUUCAGUAUGUAAUGAUGAUGAUCAAGAAAAUAAAUAUGAUAUUACUGGAUCACCCUUAAAAUAUUCAUUCAAUGAACUUGAUUUUGAGGAUAGUACUAUUGUGGUAAAACAAAGUUGGUUCAGAACAGAAGAAACAUAUCUACCAUUAAGCAGAACAGAAGCAUGUAAUGCAUUGAAUGCAUGUAUUGAAUCUAUAACAGAUGAUUUUCCACCAAUAUUUGUACUUUGCGAUGGAAAGGAUAAGAGAGAAUGUAAAUUAUUAGGUACAAUUAUUCAAGGAGAAUGGUUUACCACGAUAGAAGUUUGUUUAGCUGGUACUGAAACUCUUGAUGCUAUGGAAAAAUCUUCUUCAAGUAUUCUUCAACAACACUUGAAACUUUCACAUGUACAGGAACACAAUGUUUCCAUAUCUGCAUUUAAUACUUUUGAUUUAUUUGGAACAAAAGAUGAAAUGAUUAAUUGGGAUAAAAAUGCAAAAAUUAAUUUUGAGGGAAAUUUAAGCAUAGAAGUAGAUACUUCUAGUUUGUCAUUAUAUCCACCCACAAGAGCAUCAAAAAAUAAUUUGGUUGCUCAAGUUGUAACAGGGUCAAAUAGUAGUCCUUUGAAAGAAUUGUGGAAACAAUUACUGUUGUUAAAUCAGUUCUUAAACAUAAUAGAGGAAUACAAAAAGAAUAUAUGUUUUCAGAAUAUUUUAGAAUUUCCACAUGAUUUCUCAAGUCCAUAUAAAGAGGAACACAAUACAAUAGUAAGGAAUUUAGAUCUUUUGCUAAAUGGAGAUUAUAGUUUUCGGAAUAACGAUAUUAAUGAUGUACAAGAAAUGGAUUUUGCAAAUGAAUGUUUAGAAAACGAUAUGAAAAUUGAACAAUAUAUACAAAAUCUUCCAUUAAGAUAUAACUUAGAUCUUACAGACGUUUUGUGGGAAUUGCUCAUCAAGAACAAGAAUUAUUUUGAAAUGACAAAGUGUAUCCAUACAGUACUAGAAGAUAUUAUAAUAAAAGAGAAUUUUGCACAGGUAAAUGUGACUAAUUCAACAAGAUUCGCCAAAGUUAUUUCCAAUCCAAAUCAGCAAAAAAAUAUUUCACAUUUGCUGUCAGGUAGUUUACCAUUAGAAUAUGUUAUAGAUAUGGGCUUUGAAAAAUUGUACAGAGAUUAUAUGUAUAUUUUAAUAAAUGCAAGAGUCGAUGACCUGUAUAAUAUACAACACAAAUUACGAAAUGUGUCAUGUGAUGAAUUUAUAGUUGAUACCUAUAGGAAAAGAUUAAUAUGUAUGGCACAAAUUCAUGUAUGUUUAGAAUUUAUGUUACUUUUACAAAAUAAUUUAGAAUGCUCAACCUAUGAUAUGAGGUCUCUGUUUCUAUGUGCUUUUAAUCAAUACGUUUCUGAAAAAUCGCCAAUACAAAAUUGGCAUGAUUUGCAUCAAAACACGAUUUAUAGUUUAAAUGCUCCACUUCCCACUUCAAUAAUUAAUAAUUGGGAUAAGAAGAUUCCUACUACGCGGAGAAUUUCACUUUCUUCCCAGUCUAAAUUAUCAAAAUUGACAACAAUUAAAUACUAUAGCCGAUUACCUAUAUUUCCAGUAGAUGUAGAGUUUCAAGAUAAUUCAAAUGUAAUGGAUGAAGGAUAUUAUGUCACAAACGCUGUUUGUUCUUCUAAUAAAUUUAAAUGAAGUAUUGGUCUUACUAAAAUUGUAAUGCAGAAAUUUGUACAUAAUAUACAAUUUCCACUAAAAAAUAUU